UCACGAUCAACCCCUACCAACCAUGAGCUUCGCUUUCAUCCUAACACUUCUGGCACUUGCCAUUGGUGCCAUGGCCGCUCCUCUCAACGACGGUUUCUCUUCAGCCAAGAUCCCCAAGAUCACCACCUUUGCCGACGAUCUCAGUCUCGAUGUUGCUCACCUCAACAACACGGAUAUCGUCGGUGCUGGCACAGGUGCAACUCGUUUCGAAUGCGGUGAGUACAAGUUCGACGACGGAACCAUACAGACUUUCUACUCUCAAGUUUGGGCUGGAUAUCCUCGCGACCAGAUGUUUUGCCGUCCCUUCAAAUACGAGCGCUUCCACAAGAAAUCCGGCCAAGAGGGCAAGAUGGUAGCCGCCAAGAUCGAUCUGGGUUGCACCUGCUUCUUCUACACAGUUCCCUGCGAUCCUUCUCACUACGCCGAGGCGUGGAAAGGCUGGGAUGGUUGGAUGAAUUACGCAUCUACGGACAAGCACUUCAAGGGCUGGUGGUGCCGUGAAGAGUACUAG